AUUUGAAUACAAUUCGAAAACGACAUAGCGAAGCGGGAAGCCAUCUCAAUCUGAUAUCCAUUAGAUCAUCUGAAAGACUUAAAACCGUCGCUAAAACUAAAUAUCAUAUCUAAGAGAAAAAACUUGCACGAGUUUGAAUCCCUGUAAACAGUUUCAACCAAUCGGAACUGGCAUCUCAUCUCAUCUCGUCAUUGCACGGCAUGGUACCUUCAGGCACGCCGGACGCAAGGAUACAAAUAACAGUCUUACGUCAUUCAAUGGCCCCUAACCAUUGCCUCCAAGUGCCAAACAUUGAUGCGAAAAGGCAAUCUUUCACGAUGACCGACGAGCUAAUAAUCGACUUUACCAAACCAAAUCACCGUUUAAAUACAAACCGCUCCAACAUCCCACUCGGGUGGAGCUGCGACUGGGCCAGAUUCGAAGGUAGUGAUUUGCUAGCACCCUGCAUCAAUGGACGCAUCAGAGAAAACGCUAUAUUGGAAGGAUAUUAUAGCAUCUUUGGCGAAAUAUUCUUCGUCAUGUACAAGAUGUGGCAACGACACGGGGCAAUAUUACUUGUUCAACCUCGACAUGGACAAUCUUUACAAGUUCACAGAAGAUAUCCGACGCUGGAGGCGUUUAUGGAACGAGCCGCGCUUUGGAUCAAUGGCGACGCGCAGAUCUAUUCGGUGACCCCGUUUGCAGCUGUGGAGACAAAGCCAGGGCCAAUCCCGCCCAAAGAGUUGGAAGAUGCAUGGGAUCUCGAGGAGGAGGCGAUCCGCACAUAUUUCAAUGUCGAGCUAGAAGGAAUCUACGAUAUUCCUCGUGGCACCUUCAAAGCCAUCAUGUUCUAUCACGACCUCAUGGUCUUCCUUUGUUCAGGGCGAUUUUACGUCUGGGAGCUCGCCGUCUGUUCCACCGACACUUGUGGUAAAGAAGAUAAAGAAGCGGAAUGGUACAGGCUUAUGGGCAUGAAGGAUUAUGAGAGUGGAGAUGACGAUGAGGGCAAAAUUGAGCUCGGAGAGUCAAGGCGUUCUUUGACGGAGUAG